UAAAAUAUGUGUCUAUCCCCUGUAUAACAUGCGUGCCAUCAAUGGGUCAUAACCUUUAAAUAUUGUAUAAUUCUAUCACGAUUUUCUAAGUUUAAAAUGUUUUAACUUCUACUACAAUUUGAUUACAUGUAUGAAUGGCCCAUUAUUUAUAGUUUAAAAUAACCUAAACCACUACAGUUUGGUAUUGCAUAACAGCUAUGAGUUUACGAAGGGAGGUGCUAAAAUGCUUUAAAAACCUUCAUCGUACUAGGGAAAUAGUGUUUAAUGGAGAUGUAAGAGCUUUACAAAAGGGACGAGAAAAAAUAAAUGAGGAAUUUAAGAAAAACAAAGAUGUACAAGAAUUAGCUACAAUCAAUGAAUUAAUUCGAUUUUCUGAGGAGGUUGAGAAAGAGCUAAGAACUACUGUCGUACAAGCAAGAGAAAUCAAGCCAGGCGUCUUCCAAGCCAAUAUUAGACCGGAUACAUUAAAAUUAGAUAAUAUACCUUAUAAAGAUGGUUAAGUUAGUGAACUGUUACAUAACAUUCUAAAAUAAAUUGAGUUACCUACCUAAA